AUGGAAAAUGUAAGUUUAUGGAUUCAAAAAGAGGAAGAAUUAUCAGAUGAAUUAGACUCUUCAUCAAAAUCACGUUUAAAUAAGUUGAUUAAAAGCUCUAAUUCUCAUUCAACAAUACCUGUAAAUGCUAUUCAAUCACAAAUUAGUAAAGUAUUCUUCAACGGUAAUGGACUUGACAACAGGAUUCCGAAGCAUAUUGUAAGUGUGGACGAGAAAUAUCUUCGUCGCUGUCUCGAAUUGGUACAUAACUCUGCAUUAAAAGCGGCGCAAUGGAACAACAUCCCGAUGAGCUUAAGAGGAUCAAACUUAGGGAGUACUAUAUCAGAAAGUUUAAAUUCGGGUAAAUUCUUUCAUGGGAAUUUUGUUUUUGAUUGUCCUGUGGCGACUGAGAUCGGGGGAGUUAUUAUGAAUACUGAUACCGGAGAAGAGUGGAGUUUAGGUUCAGUAAUGGAGAGCAAGAGUAUGAUAAAUAUAUUGAAUAGUGCGUUGCUUCGGAAAUAUGGUGAUUCAGAGAGAAAUGGGAAUUUGAACAGGAUGGAUUUUUCUGAUGCGAAAGGAUUGAUAUGCUACGAUUUUAUCGACUCUUCUAGCAGUUUAAGCGUCUCUUCAUCGUAUAACCUUGAUAAGGAGACAACACCGUCGGCACAAAAGUAUGGAUCCAUUCCUUUUCAUAAAAGGCUUGCUUCCAUGUCUAGCGCCACCUCUACUUCUUCUGAUUGGAUGUCGGCGACUUCUACUUUAUCUCAGGGGAUGAUUCAAUGUACGUGGAAGCGAGGGAUUCCUCGUUUUAUUUUUUCCGCAGAUGAUCAGAAAGAGGUCUAUGUAGCGAAUUUGAGGAAGGUAGUAGACUCAACCGAUCGUAAGGCUUUGGACUAUGUGUAUCAGUUUCACUUAAACAAGGGUGAUCGAAAGGGUUGUGAAAUUGCUGACGAGAAUUUGCCGCUUGUUGGGAAGAUGAAUGUGUCAACAAGUUUCACUCUUUGUCCGGAUAAUAAUUGUCGAGUAAUGGAGACAGAGUUCACGUUAUUCCAGAACAUUGAAGUUUAUGAUAACGCAUCAGAGUAUUCUCAUCCAGUGAAAAACAAGGGGCUAAAGAAAAAGGUGUCAAAAGUUUUCAGAACGAAUCUAUCGUCAAAACAUAGAACACUCUCUAAGUUCAUCGGAUCAGGUGGCGUAUCAGAGAGUUGUCUGUGGGAUCCAUAUACUCAGGGUGGAAUCAAUUUAUUAGAGACUAAUGUUCCUUCAAAUUUCGAAAUGGCUUCGAUUGUUGUAAAAGACCACCUUCCUUGUAAUAAACCACUAACAAUAGGCGGCUGGGGCUUAAAAUUUCUCGACAAAUCAGGCGCAAAUAAAACCGUGUCACCGUCUGAAAGUUGUAAUCAAAAUAAUGAUGACUGCUCGUCUAGUAUGAGCAUUCUGGUUCCAGCAGGCCUUCAUGGUGGUCCUAGAACCAGAAAUGGCGGCCCUUCUAGUUUGAUAGAUAGGUGGAGAUCCGGAGGUCACUGCGACUGCGGUGGUUGGGAUGAAGGAUGUCCAUUGACAGUACUUCAGAAAAAAUCUAGCAAAGUGGAGGUUCUGUCUCACGUAGAUACCAAAGGCGAGUGCAUGUCAGUUGAUUUAGUUACUCAGUUUCAGGGUUCGGACGAUAUUAGUCCAGCGUUAAGGAUGGUAAAUGUUCACGACGGUCUAUAUUAUAUUCAUUUCCACACACCUCUUUCUGCACUACAGGCUUUCUCCAUUUCCGUGGCUAUAAUUCAUAUGCAAAGUCCUACUCUUCGGCCAAAAAGUGUGCAGGAACUGUCAUAA